AUGUCGUUCAUUAAAUCUCUGGUUGCGGCCGUUGCCCUCCUGGGUACUGCACAGGCUGCUGGUGUUACCGGCACUCCCGUUGGCUUCGCAUCUGGCACCACUGGUGGUGGGAAUGCUGCCGCUGCUGCACCUAGCGAUAUCACUGAGUUGACCAAAUGGCUGGGCGAUAGCACUCCUCGGACAAUCCUUAUCGACAAAGAGUUCAACUACCUGUCCAGCCAAGGCAAGUGCACCGAUUGCAAGUGCUGUGUUCCCGACUCCAACACUUGUGGCAGUGCUGGUCAGAAUGCAAUUGACAACUCGGACUGGUGUGGCUCUUACCCGACCACCACUUGUACUUAUGACAAGGCUGGUCUGGAAGGUAUCACCGUGGCGUCCAACAAGUCUAUUGUUGGUGUUGGCAGCGAGGGUGUGAUUCGUGGCAAGGGCUUGCUGAUGAAGAACGGCGUCAGCAAUGUUAUCAUUCAGAACAUUCAUAUCACUGAGUUGAACCCGCAGUUCAUCUGGGGUGGAGAUGCCAUUACCCUUGACGGCACUGAUAAGAUCUGGAUUGACCACGUCAAGGUCUCGCUCGUUGGUCGUCAGAUGUUCGUCUCUGGAUACGAGUCUGCCGGCAAGGUAACCAUCUCCAACUCCGAAUUUGACGGCCGGACUAGCUGGUCCUCCUCCUGCGACGGCCACCACUACUGGACAGUUCUCGGCUAUGGCAAGGGAGACCACGUAACCUUCACCGGUAACUACAUCCACCACACCUCAGGCCGGUCCCCAAAGCUCGAAUUUGCCAACUACUGGCACGCCUACAACAACUACUGGUUCAACAACACCGGCCACGCCUUCGAUGUCGGCGAGAACGUGAACGCCUUCAUCGAAGGAAACGUUUUCCACCAAGUCGACACCCCAAUGCUGACAGACAGCAAGCCAGGCGCAACCUUCGCUGUAACAACCAGCACCCAGUCAACCUGCAAGUCAGCCAUCGGCCGCACCUGCUCCGCCAACACCCUCGUGCAAUCCGGCAAGAUCUCCGGCUCCGACGAAUCAGUUCUGAAGAACUGGCCCAGCGGCGAAACAGGCGUCAACGUCGUCGACGCCACCCGCGUGCGUUCAUCCGUUCUCUCAAACGCGGGUGUGGGCAAGCUUUCUAGCUCUAAGCGCCGUCGUGAUCAUGAAUUCCCAUUCGCUCCCUCCCUUCCUAUCCUCUCUUCUGCUGGCCCUGGUGCUUCUGCUGUUGGUCCCCGUCCCACUUGGGGCUGGAAGACUGUUGGAGCUCAGUCUUCUGCUACUCCCUCUGCUACCCCUGAGCCUGUCCAGAGUGCUGGAUUUGGACAUGCCCACAGACACGGCCAAGGACAUGGUGGAUUCGGUGGGUUUGGCUGGUUCUAG